AUGGCUCUCGAUCCGCUCUCCGCAGUCGGUCUGGCGGCAAACAUCGUGCAGUUCAUCGACUUGAUCUGUGAGCUUAUUUCAGGUGCGCAAGAAAUAUACCAUUCAGCAGAUGGAGCUACAGCUGGCAAUGUUGAGCUCGAAGGGCUGGCCGAAAGCAUCCCGAGCCUCAGCUCAAAGCUGAUGAAACCUCUGGAUCCCACACAAAGCGCAGUCUCCACAGCUGAAGAAGAGAUCGUCAAAGUCGCAGCUUCUUCCAGGGCUGUCGGAGAAGAGCUAGUAGCAACCAUCCAGAGUUUCAAAGUCGGUGAAGGUUCACACAAGAAGUGGCAAAGCUUUCGACAAGCUCUGAAUACUACCUGGAAAAGGGAUCAAAUCGAUCUGAUUGGCCUUAGUGUACGACAGGGUCAGGUCCUACAAUCCUUGGAAAAUGCUCGAACAGAAUGUCUAGAGAUUGAUUCAGCCCGGCUACAGAGAAUCGAACCUAUGCUUGAAUCAGUCCGUGGUCUUGUACGGGGUAGCCAGGACCUCACAGAACAGCAUUUAGCCGGUAUAGAUCAGAAUUUGCGCGACUCUGAUCAUGAAGCAACAAAAUUUCAAAAGGAAGCAAGCAUCCUUAAAAGCCUGUCAUUCGAUAGAAUGGCAGCCAGGUAUUCUGCUAUCACCGAAGCGCACCAAAAAACUUUCAAAUGGAUAUUUGAGCCCUCCUGCUGGCAAUCAUCUGAUCCACGGUCCCGUAUACGGUUUCACGAUUGGUUAACCUCUGGCAACGGAAUCUCCUGGAUCUCAGGCAAACCCGGUUCAGGCAAGAGCACUUUGAUGAAGUAUCUCCGUGAUUGCCAGCAGACCAAGCGGUGUCUUCAAGUCUGGGCCAAUAAUGACCGUCUUACUAUCGCGGGGUUCUUCUGGAUCGCUGGAUCCGACAUGCAGAAGUCUCAACGUGCUCAGGAAAGAUGGGCGAUAUCCCGCCAUGGUCUUCAAAGCGAAUGGUCCUUUUCAGAACUCAUCGAAACUUUCCGCAAAUUGAGUGUCACGACCGUGGACCCUGAGAAUCCUGCAAAGUUUUGCAUUUUCAUCGACGGUCUCGACGAGUACAACGGUGACCACCUGGAUCUCAUCAAAACAGUACAGAAUAUUGCCCAGAUCAACAAUGUCAAAGUUUGCGUUGCCAGCAGACCCUGGAACUGCUUUGAGGAUGCUUUUGGUCGGGAUUCCCUCAGCAAACUAUGCCUGCAAGACCUUACUAAGGACGACAUCGCUCUGUACGCGAGAGAGAAGCUGGAAGAAGAUCCGAAUUUUUCUCUGACGAGACAAGAUGUCCUCCAGACUGAGCAACUGAUAUCAGAAAUUGUGCAUCGCCCCAAGGGAUCUGUCGACAAGGUCUAUCGAAAGAGGAUGGCACACACUUUCCGGGUUGCCCUGGAAACACACAAACCUCUCCGACUGCUUCUUUAUUCAUCCAUUGAUGAAGGGGACCACGUUCUCAUGCGACAUCCCACGCAAAGUCACUCGGGAUCAAUCCAGAGGAAUGACAAGAUUCUGAUCGUGGAAGACGUCAUGAACCGACAACUCAAUGGCCGUUAUAAGGGUUACUGGAAUCCAACGGCGAACCAGGAGUCAGAGAUGUCGACUUCCUUCAUCGGACCCUUCAAUGCUGCUGCGUGCGUAUGCAGCGCGUUCAUUCGGCAAGGGGAAACCUUCCCUGGUAGCCUUGAUCUAGUCCACUUAGACGAUUUCAUCAAAUUUGCCCGAAGAGCAGAGGACGAGUUAGUCGACGAGAUGAACAUUGUAUUCUACUCGUCUGCUCCAAUGCUGAGGGAUAACCUUGACAUCUGUGAUGGAAAAGCAACCUCACUGCUUGGGAAGGCCAUUGAGUCUGGUUACAUCUCGUGGAUUCGGGACCGACUCAAAAAAGAACCGACUAUAAUUUUGGGCCGCAGCGGGCAAGCUUGGAUGAUUACUUUCCUCAGAUGGCUCAGUGGACACAGGGAUCCUCAUAUCCAGAAAGCUUCGUACGAGAUGGCUGCAUUACUGCUUCGGAACGGCACUAACCCAAACGGAAUGUUCGACGGCAAGUCAAUUCUCCACACCCGGCUGGACAACGUCGGCCACAAAAGUAAUAGUCCUCUACACGAUUCUCCUCUUCGCAAAUGGUAUCUUGAGCUCCUGUUACUGCUACUCAAAAAAGGGGCAAAAUUUUUCGAGGACCUUGCGAAUGAAAGUUGCGUAUUAUAG